CCCAGAAUAAAUGUGGUAGGGUCGUGCCCACAAUCGGGAAUGAUGGGGAGACCCCCCACUCCGCAGGCCCGGCUGGUGCAGGCAUCACGAACGAGAAGUCAAGCCAAAACCAGCGCCAGCCAAGAGCCUCCAAGGAGAGAGCUGGAGCCAGGAAAAAGAAAGGAGGCUGUGGAAGUGAAGGAUGACGACAAUGAGAAGGAAGAGGACGAGAGGCUGCGCAGGGAGGAGGAUUAGAGAGCGGAGCAGCGGGCAAGGAAAAAGGGAACCAGAGGAGAGGUCGAGCCAGUCAUGUGUGAUGGACCGCCCAAAAGGAAGAAGUAUGCGGUUCGGUUGGAGGAGGGGUUUGACGUGGAGAAAGUGAUCGACCGGCUGCUAGAAGGGCACAAUGACCUCAUGACUCUGAAAGAAAUCCUAGCGUCGGCCCCGCGACUCCGCGAUGAUUUGAAGGGGAGAUUGUCGCGGCGCCUGGUGUCCAAUGUCCAUCGGGGUACGAUCCUGCCCAAAGAGGCAGAAGUCAAUUACGAAGAUGGACUGGAAGUGCAUAGCUUGCGGCACGGUGGAUUUGGUGGUGAAGGGUUCCAAGUGCGCAGCAAUGGUGGACACCAGGGCAGAGAUGAACAUUAUUCGGGAGGCGGACGCGAUCAGAUUCGGGCUGGAUAUAGAUCGUUCCGACUGCGGUAUUCUGCACGGAGCCAGCUGCAAGGCCGUAUUUUGUGUGACAACCUCGAAUGUACUCAUCGAGGUUGGAAAGGUGAAGGCCCGGGCUUGCUUCUUCAUCAUGCCGGACGUGGAUCACGGAAUCCUCCUGGGAGGUCAUUCCUAAGCAGGACGGAGACCGUGAUAUUCAAUAAGCAUGACGGGACGUUAAUCCUCCUCUUAUGCGACCCUGCCUGCGGAAAUUACAAAAUAAUUACCUGCAGGAACACAAGACCGAGGAGUAUAAGAAACCGGCCCAAUCUAGGAUCCUUCACGAUUGAAGAAUCGGAAAGUGAGCGUCGGAGGUUCCGGGCAGAGCCAGAAGGAGAAGAGAAAGUGGAGGCAUUUUCCCUCAGCCUGUCAGAUGUUGGGAAAGCCAUGGACUUAGUGGCCGCGCAUGAAAUGGCAGAUCCGGAUGUCAUCCAAGCUUUGAGGGAGCAAGUUCUUGAAUGCCCCGAGGCAGGGAGGUUGGAGCUGGUAUAUCGGCUUCCGGGCGGCGAGAGGAGCCCCGCAUCAGCACAGACUGAAUCUGAGAGCCGACCGUUUUUAGGGGGCGGCUCAAGCAGGGUUCCCAAAGGCAGAGCGAGCGUUGAUGGUGGAGUUGAUGAAAAGGAGGCAUCGCCCUAUGCGUUUAGCGACGAGGAGCAUGGCAGGCUGGAUGAGGACAAAAUACCUUUGAUCCGCAUCCACACCGUGUCACACGAGCAUUGGAACAUGAGAGGUGCGCGGUAUCCUAAUCCUGACGAGGAGAAAAAAGUGGUGGAUUACCUCGACGACAAGAUACAUACGCAUGUCGCCUACUAUUCGAGUGGACCGUAUACAUUCCCGUGGUUCUGCUUUAUCAAGCCUAACGGGACGUUGCGGUGGGUGCAAGAUUUGCAGAGGCUGAAUGCGGUGACUGUGCGGGAUGCUGGAGGAUUGCCCAAUGCGGACGCGCUGUCGGAAUCAUGUGUUGGAAGACCUAUAAUUUCGCUUAUAGACCUUUACUUAGGAUAUGAUCAGUUCCCAGUCUACCCGCCGGACAGGCCGGAUGUGAAGAAGACAGACAAGAUUACUGAGUGGCCUGUUCCGUUCCACUCAAUAACUAAUGUCAGGAGCUUCCUUGGUACGUGUGGAUUUUGGACGGCCUUCGUCAAGAACUUUGCCGCUAAGACUGAACACCUGAGAAAGUUAGUCCGUCAGGAUCAGGAAUGGGUUUGGGGUGAAGAGCAAGAAGAGGUGGUGGCCAGAAUGAAGGAGGAAUUUCGAGAAGGAGGGUUGGUGUUAGGAGCGCCGGAUUAUGAUGCCACAGAAACACAACCCUUCAUUGUCAAAACAGAUGUGGGGCCAACUGCCUUAGGAGGAGUUCUAAUCCACGCAGACAUAGAGGAAAAGGAAAAACCCUUGAGAUUUGAGAGUCGGACUCUCUGUACGACUGAGAGGAACUACUCUCAGUUCAAGAGGGAGACCCUUGCCGUCCUCCACUGUCGUCGAAUCUUCCGGAACUACAUCUUCGGCAGGAGGUUUAUUUUGAGAGUGGAUCUGACCGCCCUGACCUACUCUCUAAGGAAUUACGUUCCAUCGGAUCCAACGGUUGCCAGAUGGCUGACGUACAUCUGGAUGUUCAAUUUCGAAUUGGAACGGAUUCCUGGUAGUAAGAACCGGGCGGGCGGGCUGAGUCGGAUCAACUGGGAUAAACAGGAAGGGGAAGUGGUGGAGAAUACGCCCCCAGUUGAUGAAUUUCUGGAUCAGGAAGAAGAUGUUCGUCUCCACAUCAACAAGUGGUCGCCGCGAGUGCCCAGCUGUGUAGGCUAUCCUAUCUGGCAAGCGCCAAAUAGGUAUGAAAGGAGGGCCAAGAUAGUCCUCAAACCCUUUGAAGAAGAGUAUCUCUGGGGUGGUAACGGUGUUCAGUGGAUGAUGGAGUUAGCGCUGGCCAGCUCGCAUAGCCUGGUGGAGGACGUGAGGACGAUUGAGGAAGGACCUGGCCAAGUAGAACGGCAUGAGAACCUGAUGGGAGUAUCCCUUCGUCAACACGCUAUUGCAGGACAGCCUCAGCCAGUCAGGCCCAUAGGGGCGAUAGAAGAAAGGAUCCAGGAGGCAUCCGAUCAGGUGUCGCGAAGCCGAAUGGAUGAUAAGACUCGAUGGGAUCAGUCUGCGCGGGUGAGGAAAGUACCGUUGGCAGUUGGGGAUGUCGUGCUCCUCUAUGAUUCAUCUUUGGAGAAGCAGUGGUCUAGGAAGCUCGAUAAGAGGUGGUCUGACUUUACGAAGACAGUCAUGCCAAGAGGAGGGAAGGGGACACGGCCGCCUCAGAGGGCGUUGGGGGCAUUAGGAGGAUAUGAGCGGCAUGGGCCUCGCCAUCGAGAGAGCACUCCAGAGUACGACAGUGGCGAUAUCGAGUUAUUCCUAGACAACUUCUGGGAGCAUGCGCGACGUAUGGGCUGGACUGUGACCCAGGGGAUUGAGAGGCUGAGGGGAGUUAGCAGAUUCGAGGAGCCCAUCGCACGGAUCAGUAGAGAGGCAACGACGAGGUCAGAGGUGGAGUUGAGGAUGCAGGAGCUGCGACCCUCGCCUGUGGGACCUGAUGGCAGGCCGAUCCGCCUAGAGAUUGGGAAUGCGUCGGACUUCAUCCCCGCUUUUGAGUGGUUCAUGCAGGGGCAGGUGGAGUUCCAUCGGUUUACCGAGGGUGGAUUGAGGAGGUCGCCAUCACGCACGCAGGAGGAGCCGCCAGCAUCAGAGGGGCCUUUGAGGGAAUUGGAGACGCAUUUGGAUAUCUCUCGGUGGAGGGCGUCGCCUCGGGGCGAGGAGCAUGGAGAGCAGGCAGAGGAGGUGCCACAAGAGGAGGUGCCACGAGAGGAGGUCCGAGAUACCCAGCCAGAGAGAGGGUUGGGCGAUGAGGGGAGACGUGCAGGGAAGGAAGUGAUAGAGGUUGGAGAGGACACGCCCCCACAGACGCCAGCGGUGGGUUUGAGACUCGGGGAUGCACCAGGGAGCACUCGCCCGACAGGGGAGAGGUUGCAGAGAGAGGAGGCCCCAUUGCCUUCAUCAGAAAAGACCCCUUCGCCAGAAGAGAGGGCAGAAAGGAGGAGAGAGAGAGCAGCUAUAAGAAGAGAAGCCUUGACCCUGAUUGACAGGCACCUAGCAGCUCAUGCCCUGGAGCACCCAGACCUGGAAGAGUCAGCACCUGUAGAGCCGCGCCAGGAACCGUCCCAGCCCGAGAAGGAGAUGGAGGCAGAGAUUCCGAAGAGGGUCGAUCUCCGCACGAGGGAAAGAGCGUCAGCUGGAGAGACAGCAGAGGAAAAGAGGGCGAGAAGAACCAGGAGGAUAGACGAGAUAUGGCAAGAGAGGCAGAGGUUGGAGGCAGCGGGGGAGCUUCCAGAGCAGCGGCAGUAGAGGCAGAGAUCGGAGGCAGCAGGGACGCUCCCAGGGAAGAAGAUAAAGGAAGCAAGCCAUG